AUGCUCAUAGGCCUUACUAUUGUGGGCCUCGGUAUAUACCUUCUCGUAUCAGGUUACGUUAGUGAACCGGACGGCCGACUGAGCAUUCUUGCCUUCCCUUGUAUUGGCAUUACUAUACUCGGAAUUGUACCCGUUUUCCUUGCAAUCUGUGGCUGUUGGGGUGCCCUGCGUUUCAACCGUUGCUGCCUCGGACUCUACUUCACUUUCCUUCUCUUCGUAUUCGCUGCUGAGAUUGCAACCGGUAUUGCUGGUGUUGUCUACAAAGAAAAAGUUCGCGAUGGCAUUAUGCAGUACUUGAAGGCCGCUGUUGAUGCUUACCAACCUGGCGAGGGCCAGAAGUUAACUGCUCUUGAUCUGAUUCAGGUUACGUUCCAAUGUUGCGGUUACGAAAGUUCCGCCGACUACCUGAAGAAACUGCAGAGUGUGCCCCAAUCCUGCUGUGCAUACGGGAACUGCGUCGCAAUCGGCGCUAACCUGUCUUCUGAUCUCCCGGGUUGCAAAGAGCGCGCCAUCGAUAUUGAAAGCCGGACCCUCAUCAUAUGUGCAGUCAUCAUCGCCCUGGCUCUGGUCCAGCUAAAACUAUUUGAACAGCAGCUGCAGAAGUGGGAGACAGUAUGCAGUCCUAUUGACUUUAUCCAUCUUUCACCUGGUCUGUCUAAAGGCGGUACUUACGCAGUCCGCCUUUUACGAUGGUGUAGAAAAGGUCUUAUUCAACAGGCCAAAUCACCUGGAGACGGUCAGUACUAG